CAAUCUCGAAUGUUUUGUGGUCGAGUCACUAUAAGACUCCAUCGAUUACCUCUCUCGUUCGCUCGUUCCAGAACCUUCAGAUUCUCGACGAUGGCUUCAUUACAAUCACUGGAAGAAGAACUCGCCACACAGAACGCGAAAUACAACGAACUCAGGUUACAACCUGACGCGAACCCAUUAACUCUUGAAGAAGUCAGGAAAAAGCUCGGCGAGCUCAAGAAAACCGUAGGCCAAGCAAAGGCGGCAGCAGGUAGCGGGAAAGACACAGAAAAGAAGAAAGAACGCGAAAGGCUCUUGUUAAAAACAGCCAAGGGAACACGAGACUAUGGUCCAUCAGAAAUGUACUGCCGCGAACACGUUGAGCGCAUUGUUAAGGAGUGCUUUACUGCAUUUGGAGGGGCUUGUUUGGAUACGCCUGUUUUUGAGCGCAAGGACAUAUUGACUGGGAAAUAUGGCGAGGACCAAAAGUUGAUAUUCGAUCUUAUGGACCAAGGCGGAGAACAGCUCGCGCUCCGAUAUGAUCACACUGUACCUCUAGGACGGUACUUGGCUAUGAUGGGCUCUAAUAUUACCCAGCACAAGAUUUGGCAGAUUGGCAAAGUUUAUCGAAGAGACCAACCUGUCGUGUCGAAGGGGAGGAUGAGAGAGUUUUCCCAAGCUGAUUUCGAUAUUUCUGGGAAUUGGGAUCCAAUGAUACCAGACGCCGAAAUCCUUAGCUUGCUUUACACGAUCUUGACGAGGCUAGACAUUGGCGAAUUUACGAUCAAGCUCAAUAAUCGAAAGAUCCUUGAUGGUGUUUUCGAAGUUUGUGGUGUCCCGUCAGAAAAAAUCCGCACAAUAUCCUCGGCUGUUGACAAGCUGGAUAAACUCUCAUGGGCUGAGGUGAAGAAAGAAAUGACGGAAGAGAAGGACCUCGAUCCCGCUGUAGCAGACAGAAUUGGAGAGUAUGUCAAGCAUAAGGGGGGCUCGAGUCUUCUGGAGCAACUGCUCACUGACACAACAUUGACUGCGAACCCGAGAGCGAAAGAAGGUCUUGAAGAGAUGGGUCUAUUGUUCACUCUACUUAGGGCCUACGGUGUGAUCGACAAGAUCUCUUUUGACCUUUCACUUGCGCGUGGACUCGACUAUUACACUGGAAUUAUAUAUGAAGCUGUUGUUGAAGCCUCGGCGCCGCCAGGUUUCAAGGCCAACGCCGAGGCGGACGCCUCAGAUGGUAAUGUAUCUGCCAAGAAGAAAAUGAAGAAAUCUACGCAAAACAGUUUAGAAGAGGGAGAAGAGAUCGAUGAGUCACAAGUCGGCGUUGGAUCGAUAGCAGCUGGGGGGCGAUACGACGGUCUGGUAGGAAUGUUCGCAGCAGCAGCAGCAUCAGCAGAGUCAUCCAAGAAGGUGGCAAGCAAAGCGGGCACACCUUGCGUCGGCGUUUCCAUUGGCCUAGACCGAAUAUUCGCCCUUGUCUACCCUAAAUGGAUUGAACAGGGAAAGAGGAACAAAGACACUAUGGUCUAUGUCAUGGCCGCUGGCGACGGGUUACUCGCAGAACGCGUCAAACUCGUCAAGGAGCUGAGGGAGGCUGGGAUCAACACUGAUUUCCUUGCGAAGGUGAAGCCUAAACUUCCCGCCCAGUUCGCUGCUGGCGAGAAGGACGAAGUGCCGUUUGCUGUCAUUUUAGGAGAAAAUGAGCUGAAGGAGGGAAUUGUAACUGUGAAACACCAGAGAUGGGAAAUGGUGGAUGGGAAGAAGGUGAAGAUUGUUACUGAGGGUAGUGAGAAGGGAGAGAAAGUGAGUCGAGCUGGGUUCGUCGACUGGUUGAAAUCUAGAGAUAUAGGGAAUGCGUAGUGUAGCAGCUCAAGAAAUCAUGUAUUUUCUAUGUAUCGCAAGUGGAAGAGACAUGCGAAUUUUACGAUUUGAUUAUACAUCGGAAGACAACAGGACUAUAGUGAGGGAAAACAACCCUGGGGAUGAACGUCAGCAUAAAGUUGCGGUGAGAAAACGGUAACAUAUCAGGGUGUCAAAUUCUGGAGCCCGCCCACAGCCUGACCAAAGUCAAGAGGGUAUACACCAUGAAGAAAUUCAAGAAAAUUCUUGACAUCAUAGCAUGGGAAGAACAUACACGAACACUCACCUAAAAACGUAAACCACCAUCAGACGAACAGCAAAGUUCAAAAAGUGGGAAAAAUACGAGAGAAAAUCCAUGCCGAAUGAGAGUGAGCCCCAUUAAGUUGGAAACAAAGUCAACAAUCGCAUAACUGUGUCUAUGAGCAACAAAACUGCCCGUCUUUCAACUGACCAGCCGAGCAACGAACGCGCUCAUGUCUUCGCGCAAUUUGAAGCCUUCGCCGACUGGCCGAUUGUCGGAACGAAGGCUACAGAGUGGCAGAGACAAAUUGCAUUUCCAAACCCCAAUCAGAAUUUGUAAAGCAAACGGAAUAGUCUCGCCAUCCUCAACCAGUACCGUCGUACUUAGAGGCGGUCGCUUUCCGUUAAUUGGCGAGGAUAUGCUCUGUAAAUCUCCGGGGACUUUCCCCACAGCCUAAGAAGAGAGUGAGGGCUCUCUGUAUGGGAAGCUGCGACAGCGAUUCUUCAGACGGCAGGAAAUGGAAGGAAAGAAAAC